CGCUGCGGCCACGCGGUCUCCCGAGCUCGCUGCAAACGCGGGUGCACGGCACAAUGUCGCAACCGUCCCCCCGGGCCAAGCCGUCCAGCCCUAGUAAUCCCAGAGUCUUCUUUGACGUAGACGUCGGAGGGGAGCGAGUUGGCCGAAUUGUCUUAGAAUUGUUUGCAGAUAUUGUACCCAAAACUGCAGAAAAUUUCCGUGCAUUAUGUACUGGAGAAAAAGGCACUGGAUCCACCACUGGGAAACCUCUCCAUUUCAAGGGAUGCCCUUUCCAUCGAAUUAUUAAGAAAUUUAUGAUUCAGGGUGGAGACUUUUCAAAUCAGAAUGGGACAGGUGGAGAAAGUAUUUAUGGUGAAAAAUUUGAAGAUGAAAAUUUCCAUUAUAAGCAUGAUCAGGAGGGUUUGUUGAGCAUGGCAAAUGCCGGCCCUAAUACGAAUGGUUCUCAGUUCUUUAUCACAACAGUUCCAACUCCUCAUCUGGAUGGGAAACAUGUGGUAUUUGGUCAAGUAAUUAAAGGAAUGGGUGUGGCAAGAAUACUGGAAAAUGUAGACGUGAAUGGUGAAAAGCCUGCCAAAUUGUGCGUUAUUGCAGAAUGCGGAGAACUGAAGGAAGGGGAUGAUUGGGGAAUAUUCCCCAAAGAUGGUUCUGGUGACAAUUAUCCAGAUUUCCCUGAGGAUGCAGAUAUAGAUCUAAAAGAUGUAGAUAAAAUCUUAUUAAUAGCAGAAGACUUGAAAAACAUUGGAAAUACAUUUUUCAAAUCUCAGAACUGGGAGAUGGCCAUUAAAAAAUAUACAAAAGUUUUAAGGUAUGUGGAAGGUUCAAAGGCUGUUAUUGAGAAAGCAGAUAGACCAAAGCUGCAACCUGUAGCUUUAAGCUGUGUGCUGAAUAUUGGUGCUUGUAAACUGAAGAUGUCAAAUUGGCAGGGAGCAAUAGACAGUUGUUUGGAGGCUCUUAAAGUAGACCCAUCAAAUACCAAAGCACUGUACCGUAAAGCUCAAGGAUGGCAAGGAUUAAAAGAAUAUGAUCAAGCACUGGCUGACCUUAAGAAAGCUCAGGAGAUAGCACCAGAAGAUAAGGCUAUCCAAGUGGAAUUGCUGAAAGUCAAACAAAAGAUAAAGGCACAGAAAGAUAAAGAGAAAGCAGCAUAUGCAAAAAUGUUUGCUUAAUAAGGAAUUCAGUUUGCCUAAAUACAUACAUUGAUUGUAUAAAGUCAGUAAGAAAACUUAAGGAAUUUUAUCUAUUAUACAUGAUCCCUAAUGUAUUGACACCUCAGUUCUCCAUCAUAUACACUUCAAGAAUACUGGUAAGGGUUCACUCUUAACAAAACAGUGCUAUAAAACACAGUGAAGUUGAUUUUUAAAAAAUGGUUGCCUGCAUUAUUCACAAAGACUAAUGGUAUCCAACCUAUUUCUAAACUCUGAAAGAAAUGUCUUAUUGAAUAAACAGAUGAAAGCUUAAGUCAUGUAUUGUUUCCCUCAAUUCUUUGCUGUAUCUCUGUGGUUGGUUUGUGCAGGGGUUUUGUGAUAUAGGUAUGUGUGUUCAGGGAUCCGCAAACUCUCUCUUAGGAGGGCCAAAUAAUAAAUGCUUUAGGCUUUGUGGAUCAUUUAAUAACUACUCAAUUCUGUAAUUGUAGCUCAAAAGUAGCCACAUGUAAACUAAUGGGCAUGGUUAUGUACCAAUAAAACUUCAUAAGAAUAAGCUGGUCGGCUAGAUGCCAUUCUUUGGUUUAUACCUUUAUUUCUAUACUUGAAGUCUUCAAUUGGACAAAUUAAUGUCCAUAGUGAUUUUGCUGAUACUGAAUCUUUGAAGAAUUAAAGAGGUAAAUUGCUACUACAUCACUUAAAUUUUAUUUAAGAGAAGUAUUUUGUUAUGGGACAACUGUAGGCACAGUACAAAAUUUUUAUUUCACUGAAAAUGAGCACUGUGCUAUAAGAUAUAUACUUGUUAGCCUCUAAACAUUUUGAAGUUAGCUUCCAUAAUUUGGGGUAAAUUGGCUUUCAAUUGUGACUGCAAAUAAAAUCAGUUGUAGUUUACAUUCCAUUGUAAGCAGGUCCUCCACCACCUUCAGGUACCACCCAGUUAAUAUUCUGACUUGGAUCUUUAAUAUCACAUGUUUUACAAUGCACACAGUUCUGAGCAUUUAUCUGUAAUCGAAAUCCAUCACCUUGUUCCAAAGGUACAAAUUCAUAAACUCCUGUAAGG